AUGACGACGACCAAGAAGGACGAGUUGAUGGUGUCUCGUGCAUCCGAUGCCUUUUCGGAUGAGUUUAGCGAAGGUGGUGGUGGUGGUAACGAUGACGGCAACCAUGAUCUGAGCAUCACCGACUACAAUGCCAGCAGCAGUGGUGGCCACAGCCACACCAGCGCCUCGGAAGAAGAACUGGCCAUUGGCAAGGCCGAGACGCGCAAGGUCUUUUACCUGCGGUUGCUCGUCUUGGGUGCCAUUCUACUGGCCGCAGUGGCCGUUUCGGUGGGCGUCUAUCUCUUGACCAGCAAAGCGGAGAGCGACGAGUUUGAGAAUCAGUUUGACGGCUCGAGUCGCAAGAUUUUGAGCUCGUUCGAAGACAUUGUUUCCAAGAAACUGGCCGCCAUUGGCUCUCUCGCCAUUCAAGCGUCGCUCUAUGCCGCGGCGCAGCCCAACAUGAGUUGGCCUUUCGUAACCAUAAAGGAUUUUGGAUUGCGGGCGGGUGUGACCAAUCAACUCAGUGGGGCGCUCUAUUCUCAGUACGUGCCACUCGUUCACAAAGACCAGCGACAAGACUGGGAAGACUACUCUGUCGCCAACACGUGGUGGCUCGCGGAAGCACAAGAAUACGAAAAGACGGCGGGACUUCAUCUUGGAGGACGAGAUCUGCUGCAAGUCGUCACGCAAGAGGGACACGUCCAAGAAACUUCCACUACUACAUUCACUCAUUCCUCCAACUCCACUCCCUUCUUCAAGAACAGCCACCGCGCCCUCUAUGACUUUACAGACGAAGACAGUCAGCUCAUUGACUAUUCCAGUGGAUUCCCCAACAAAAUCUUUUCCUAUUCCGAUCAAGGAAUCCCCACACCCGUCACACACGAUGGACCCUACUUUCCCAGUUGGCAAGCAAGUUACAGCUUUGGAGGAGGGUCCACUGUCAACUUUGAUGUGCGAAUGUAUGAGGCCUACGAACCCUACUUGCUCAAGGCUGUGGAAGUGGGACAAAUGGCCAUUGGAGGACUCGACACGGCACCACCUGGAUAUGCCAAUUCCGAUGAUCUGGGAACGGCAUACUAUGCCACGCUAGUCAGUCUCAAGGAAGGAGAAAUGGUCGAAUACCACGGAGACCCCAUGUCCACCGUCUACAUUCCCAUCUUUGAUGACGUGACCAACUUGGAGGCACGACAAGUUGUCGGCAUUAUAUUUGCCGUUUUCAAGUGGAGCUAUUACUUUGAAGAUCUCUUGCCAUCCAACUUUCCGGGCCUCGUCGUUGUCUUGCAAAACUCAUGUGCCGGAGCAUUUACCUACAAGGUCGUCGGAGAACAGGUCUUGUUUCUGGGUGAAGGCGAUCAACACGAACAGUACCGAAGCACGCAACGUCCCGAUUUGGUCCGCUCGGUCGACUUUCAAUCCAUUAUUGACAUUGGAGAAGAUGACUCGGUCUUGCGCAUGAAACUCAAUCAAGACAUUUGUGCCUACGAGUUGCACGUGUAUCCGUCACAGGAAUUGCAGGACGAAUACAUGACCUACUUGCCCAUUAUCGUGACUAGUGCCGUGGCCAUGGUUUUCGUUGUGACGGCACUUGUCUUUUUGCUCUUUAACCGAUACGUCGAACAGCGUCAAGCUGUUGUGCAUGAUCAAGCCGUGAAGACCACCAAGAUUGUCGAUUCGCUCUUCCCUGAAGCCGUUCGAGAACGAUUAAUGGGAUCGGAAUAUGCCAGUGGCAAGACGAGACUCAAAAAGUUUCUCAAUGACGAUGGUGCUGGUGUGGACCAAAUGAGUCAGCCCAUUGCCGAUUUAUUCCCCGAGUGCACGGUCUUCUUUAGCGACAUUUCAGGUGCGUCCAACCAAGCAUCUGUAGCUGCCAAAGGAACCAAACCAAUCCCCACAACACAAUCCUCACCUAUCUGCUCUCUUGCCACACUGUUCGCGUUUGCUCCCCAAGGAUUCACUGCUUGGAGUUCUUCCAGAGAUCCAGCCCAUGUCUUCACACUAUUGGAAACUGUGUAUCAAAGCUUUGAUGCCAUUGGCAGAAGAUACGGUGUCUUCAAGGUGAGAAGAUUCGAUUCGUAUGCCAGGCAACUCGUUUCUACUCGAACAAUCCACGUGGCUCACAAGGAUCUACCGUACUCAUCCACCAUGGUCUACGCGUCCGCACAGGUUGAAACAGUGGGGGAUAGCUACGUGGCGUGCACCGGUUUGCCCAACCCGAAUGAACGACAUGCUUUGAUCAUGGCCAGAUUUGCGGGGAUGUGCGUUGAAAAGUUUGGAGUGUUGACCAGAAGCCUCGAGCACACAUUGGGCCCGGACACUGCAGAUCUCGGAAUCAGAAUCGGGAUCAACAGCGGCCCUGUGACAGCCGGUGUGUUGAGGGGGGAACGUGCAAGGUUCCAGCUUUUUGGGGACACGGUCAACACUGCGGCUCGCAUGGAAAGUUCGGGGGAAUCCAACAGGAUUCAGGUAUCGGCUGCAACGGCAAAACUACUGAUCGCUGGUGGAAAGGAACAUUGGCUACAGCGACGAGCCGAUAUGCUCAAUAUCAAAGGCAAAGGCAUGCUCGAGUCGUACUGGGUUACGCCCAACUCGCGGGACGCCGUAUCGUCGAUUGCCCCAAAGCCAGAACAAGCCCCUGGCCGCAAAGCUGUCGUGCCCUUGCCGCCUCUCAGAAAGAGUAGCCAUGUCAAGCACGAUCGCCUCAUCGGAUGGGUUACGGAUCUGUUCAAGAAGCGCAUUGCAACAAUCAUCGCUCGCCAAGACCAGAAAAAGGUUGGAAAGUGUAAGGCUUCGGAUCUCAUCUACCGCGUGCCGGAAGGCAAGACUAGUUUUGACGAGGUAGCCGAUGUCAUUUCGAUGCCUCAGUUUGACGCCGCCGAUGCCGCUCGAGCAAAGAAGCGCGGAGAGGUAACCAUCAGUGAGGAGAUAGAGGAUCAGCUGACAGAACUAGUUACGGCGCUGGCUGCAAUGUACCAGGCGAACCAGUUCCACAACUUUGAGCAUGCAUGUCAUGUCACCAUGUCCGUCGAUAAAUUCCUGAACAGGAUCGUGGCACCAGACAUUGAUGACAGCAUCCACAUGAAAGAUCACACUGGUGUGGCUGCUCACGUCCAUGACUACACGCAUGGAAUCAACUCCGACCCAAUAACUCUCUUUGCCAUUGUCUUUUCCGCCCUUAUUCACGACACUGACCAUCGAGGCGUGUCCAACACUCAGCUAGCUAAAGAAGAUGAAAUUAUGGCUUCUCUCUACAAGAACAAAUCCAUUGCGGAGCAGAACUCAUUGGACUUGGCAUGGGAUCUGUUGAUGGGGGACGACUAUGCCAAACUCAGAGCGGCCCUCUUUGUGAACCGACAAGAGAUGAUGAGGUUCCGUCAAGUCGUCGUAAAUGUUGUGCUUGCCACGGACAUCUUUGACAAGGAACUGGGCGAUCUCAGAAAGACCCGCUGGCACAGAGCAUUCAGCAAAGACAAGCAGGACGAGCAGCACAAUGAUUUGAGAGCUACCAUUGUGAUUGAGCACAUCAUUCAGGCUUCGGAUGUGGUGCACACAAUGCAACACUGGCAGGUCUACAGGAAAUGGAAUGAGCGACUUUUUCGGGAGAUGUACGCAGCGUUCACUGCGGGACGAAUGGGCAAAUCGCCCGAAGAAUUUUGGUACGGAGGAGAACUUGGAUUUUUUGACAACUAUAUCAUCCCAUUGGCAAAGAAGCUGAAGGAAUGCAACGUGUUUGGGGUGUCUAGUGAUGAAUGCCUCAACUACGCCAUGCAAAACCGUCAAGAGUGGGAGACAAAAGGGAUGGAAGUUACGGCCUCUAUGAUGGAGUCUAUCCGAGCGAACCCUACACCCCGUCUUUCUAUGGGCGUCAGUCGACUCAGCACAAAGGAUAUCGAGCUUCUCGAUGCGAAUGACCAAGUGGAUUGUUAG